CUCUGCCAAUCGCUGGAGGAUAGAGUGGGAACAGGAAUAAGCAGAGUUAGGAGGCCAGGACAAAAGAAGUUAAAGAGCGCCUAAUAUAUACAUGUUUUUGAAGGCGGGCAGAGGGAAUAAAGUCCCCCCAGUGAGGGUCUAUGGGCCUGAUUGUGUAGUUCUGAUGGAGCCCCCUUUGAGCAAGAGGAACUCGCCAGCGCUGAGAUUAGCGGAUUUGGCAACGGCUCAGGUCCAGCCGCUUCAGAAUAUGACAGGCUUCCCGGCGCUGGCCGGCCCGCCCGCCCACUCCCAACUCCCGGCCGCCGUCGCGCACCUCCGCCUGCGGGACCUGGGCGCUGACCCCGGCGUGGCCACCACUCCGCUGGGACCCGAGCACAUGGCCCAGGCGAGCGCGCUGGGCCUCAGCCCUCCCUCCCAGGCGCUCCCGGCACACCCGGAGGCUUCGGCAGCCGCCGCCCGUGCUGCAGCCUUGGUCGCGCACCCCGGCGCGGGCAACUACCCCUGUGGCGGGGGCAGCAGUGGCGCGCAGCCCUCCGCGCCCCCGCCCCCAGCCCCUCCUCUUCCUCCCACCCCUUCACCCCCUCCCCCUCCCCCGCCUCCUCCUCCUCCUGCCCUCUCGGGCUACACCACCACCAACAGUGGCGGCGGCGGCAGCAGCGGCAAAGGCCACAGCAGGGACUUCGUCCUCCAGAGGGACCUUUCCGCCACGGCCCCCGCGGCGGCCAUGCACGGGGCCCCGCUCGGAGGGGAGCAGCGGUCCGGCACCGGCUCCCCCCAGCACCCGGCCCCGCCUCCCCACUCGGCCGGCAUGUUCAUCUCCGCCAGCGGCACCUACGCGGGCCCGGACGGCAGCGGCGGCCCGGCGCUCUUCCCCGCGCUGCACGACACGCCGGGGGCCCCCGGCGGCCACCCGCACCCGCUCAACGGCCAGAUGCGCCUGGGGCUGGCGGCGGCAGCGGCAGCCGCGGCGGCUGAGCUGUACGGCCGCGCCGAACCGCCCUUUGCGCCGCGCUCUGGGGACGCGCACUACGGGGCGGUUGCGGCCGCAGCGGCGGCCGCCUUGCACGGCUACGGAGCCGUGAACUUAAACCUGAACCUGGCGGCUGCAGCGGCCGCAGCAGCAGCCGGGCCCGGGCCCCACCUGCAGCACCACGCGCCGCCCCCGGCGCCGCCGCCGCCGGCGCCCGCGCAGCACCCGCACCAGCACCACCCCCACCUCCCAGGGGCGGCUGGGGCCUUCCUGCGCUACAUGCGGCAGCCAAUCAAGCAGGAGCUCAUCUGCAAGUGGAUCGACCCCGACGAGCUGGCCGGGCUGCCGCCGCCGCCGCCGCCGCCGCCGCCGCCGCCACCGCCCCCGGCCGGCGGCGCCAAGCCCUGCUCCAAAACUUUCGGCACCAUGCACGAGCUGGUGAAUCACGUCACGGUGGAGCACGUGGGAGGCCCCGAGCAGAGCAGCCACGUCUGCUUCUGGGAGGACUGUCCGCGCGAGGGCAAGCCCUUCAAGGCCAAAUACAAGCUCAUCAACCACAUCCGCGUGCACACCGGCGAGAAGCCCUUUCCCUGCCCUUUCCCGGGCUGCGGCAAGGUCUUCGCGCGCUCCGAGAACCUCAAGAUCCACAAGCGUACUCAUACAGGGGAAAAGCCUUUCAAAUGUGAAUUUGAUGGCUGCGACAGGAAGUUUGCCAAUAGCAGUGAUCGGAAGAAACAUUCCCAUGUCCACACCAGUGACAAGCCCUACUACUGCAAGAUUCGAGGCUGUGACAAAUCCUACACUCACCCAAGCUCCCUGAGGAAGCACAUGAAGAUUCAUUGCAAGUCCCCGCCACCUUCUCCAGGACCCCUUGGUUACUCAUCAGUGGGGACUCCAGUGGGCGCCCCCUUGUCCCCUGUGCUGGACCCAGCCAGGAGUCACUCCAGCACUCUGUCCCCUCAGGUGACCAACCUCAAUGAGUGGUACGUUUGCCAGGCCAGUGGGGCCCCCAGCCAUCUCCACACCCCUUCCAGCAACGGAACCACCUCUGAGUCUGAAGAUGAGGAAAUUUACGGGAACCCUAAAGUUGUGCGGACGAUACAUUAGAAUUUAUUAUUAAUAAUAAUAAGUGAAAUAAUAAGUGGGAGUCCUUGGACCACAUCCUAACCUGAGACAAUGCCGAGCCUGAGACAAACCCGUGACUCAGACUUGCCACCGGGUCUAAUUAGCCCUAUUUAUUCAGUAUGAAACCCUAUGGUGUUUGUACAUUUAAUUAAUUUAAUUAAGAUAUUUGGGCUUUUUUUUUUUUCUUAAAAAACAAACAAAAAACAACCAAGCUGGACUUGUACAUUGCAGGAGGACGGGGCUGGGGGCAAAUUGUACCAAGCAAAAUGAAUGGAGAGAUUAGUUAAUGGAGAUACACACUGCUGAUGCAAUAUAUAUAUAUAUAUGUGUAUAUAUAUAUAUACACAUAUAUAUAUAUUAUUUUUUUUAAAGGGGGAGAAAAAGAGCAUUAAGUCAGAACUUAACACAGCAACAAGGCCCUCUGCAUUUCCCGGAGUGCCUCUCAAAUGCCUUUGACACCAUACCGUGGGCUGCUUUUGAGCCUCCUUGUUGGACCCUAAUUCUGCCAAGGCCUCUUGAUUGUAAACCACACACCUGCUGCAUUGCCAACAGAUCCUGUUCUGUACCUGUGUCCAAAAACAUUUGUAAAAACCCUUUGAGUUUAAUAUUUGUAAUUUUUAAUUUCCACUCUUAUUACUGAUCUUACCUUAAUACAAUAUUUUUAUACAGGAUUAUUUCUUCAGUAUCCUACUGUGUGAUUUUAAAAAAAGAUGCAGCAACCUUAAUAUAUCUCCAUAUCUUGUGCUACUGUGAUUGUUCAAGCAAAAGUGGAGAGAAGAAAAGCUGCUGCAAUAAGACAACUGUGAAACUGUGAUAUUUUAUAAAAUAGAAGAAAUUCAAGUGCUUUCUUUUUCAUAUAUGGUUUUUUUUAAAAUCUGAAUUCUCAGAUACUGCCUUCUAACUGUGUCCAAACUUCUUGUGUAAUAAAGAGAUUCUGUUUUCGAUCCUAAGUUCUUUGGGAUGCCAACAUUCACAGUCAAGUCUUGAGGAGGUGUGAUGAUGGCAUCAUGCCUAUUUUUUUGGAAAGCUGUUGUUUUUAAAACAGGCUAACACCUCUUUUAUACUGUUGUAUCAGCCUUUUAAAAAGUCUAUUUUUCAAUGCUUGAAACUGCAUUUUAAUGCAUUUUCUUCCACCUGAGCACUGAGCACACCAAACUGGAAUCCAUUUGAAAAUGACAGUGUGUGAAGUGUAUGAUUUACAUUAAAAGAGGGGAGGGAGUUGCCAUACAUAUUAAAAUUUUUAAAAGGUUUAUAGUUACCACCAAACACUGAUGAAUGUGUGACCUUUGCCAGAGCUGUCAAGCUAGGAUAAAAAAGGUCAAGGACCUAGGACAAUAACUCUUAGUCAAUUUAUUUUCGGUUGGUACAACACAUCUCCUGUGCAAAAUGUAGUCCAUCAGAAACAUCAUACAGAUAUACUAAAGAGCACUAAUUUAUCCUUAGAGACCCUGAAGACACCCCCUCCCCAGGGUUUGUAGAAAUUUGUUUUGUGUGCUGUGAGUGGUUGAUGUAGUCUUGUCAUUGUUAAUAACUUGUAUGUGAACACUAUUAUUUGUACAGUUGAAUUAAUUUAUUUUCAGACAUCAUCCUUUUUUUUUUUUUCUUUCCUGGAAGAGUUCAAAGCACACCAAAGAAUUAUAUUAUACAUUUUGGUGAAAGAUUGUCAUUUAUGAUCCAUGGUUUAUUUAAGAAAAAAAGGAAAGAAAAUGGAAAAAUAUAUUUUUAAGCUUACUUGAAUGAACAACGUAAUGUGAAAACCAAGACUCUUCCUGCAUGUCUUUUUUGCAUUGUGUUGAUAAGAUUAUAUAUAGUUUAUACAUAUAUUAUAUUACUAGUACAGUGCAUGGUGCUGUCACUUGGAAAGCCUUUCAAUGUUGUCUUCAGAUUGUUGUGAUGAAUAUGAAACAUGCAGACCCUCCUUUAUAAAGAAAAAGACCUUAAAACUUGAAUAUGAGAUAACUUUACGUUUUAAAAGUUUAUUUGAUUUUCAUAUUAUUCACUUUCAAAGCCCUUUCAAAUAGAAAAGGUAUGGGGGGAUAAUUUAUGUAUCGUAAACUUAUUAGAACAAAAUAUUCCUGAUGUAUAAUGAGUUGUUUUAUUUAUACAACUUUUUCAAUGGUAGUUUGCACUAUUCUUUAUUAUGCUACAGGUUUAUUUAUUAUGAAACAAAGGAAUAUGUAUUUUAUGUAUUUUACCAUGCAUAGGUUAACUCUUUGCCACAGAUUUAUUGGUUCUUGAUACACCUAAAAUAAAAAAAUGUGUACCUCCAAUAGAGAGCAAGCAAGAAUGAUUAUGAAGUAACAAAUUUAAUAAAGGUAUUCUUCUUAUUAUUGCUUAUGUUUUACCUAAUGGCAUAUCUCUCAUACAAAUAGGACAGGUUGCUAAUGGA